GGGUGAGGGACUAGACAUCCACUUUAGGCUUUUUUUGCAUAGCGUAUUGUGAUUUGAUCAUAGUACUGUCAUUAAAAUAUUGGCUUUUGGAUGGGAUUGCUUAGAUUUUUAAGAUCCUGCUCUGCUACUCUCUUAUUUUAAAGUGACAACUAUUAUAAGAGCGAGGAGGAGAAAUAUUAAUUGAACCAUAUUUGGACGUAACUUAGUUCUCUUCAAUGAACUUGGUGAUCAUGGUUUGCUAGGUCCCACAUGAAGGACCAAUGUGUGAUCUCUUGUGGUCUGAUCCUGAUGAUCGAUGUGGGUGGGGCAUAUCACCCCGUGGUGCUGGCUACACCUUUGGACAAGAUAUAGCUGCCCAGUUCAACCAUACAAAUGGCCUCACUCUGAUUUCAAGAGCCCACCAGCUUGUCAUGGACGGUUUCAACUGGUGUCAGGAGAAGAAUGUAGUAACGGUUUUUAGUGCUCCAAACUAUUGUUACCGGUGUGGAAACAUGGCUGCAAUCCUCGAAAUUGGAGAGAACAUGGAGCAGAAUUUCCUUCAGUUUGAUCCUGCUCCUCGACAAAUUGAGCCUGAUGCAACUCGCAAGACUCCGGAUUACUUUUUGUGAACUCAAUGCCUCGAUCUGCUGUUUGUAGUCCCUGCUUGCGGUUACGUUACUGUAGAUGUGUCUUAAGAGAUGAAUUUUGUUAUUUGAGGAUUAUUUUCUACAUUCCUUUGUUUCUACUGCUGCUGCUGACUUCGAUUAUGUGCUCAACAUAUUUCCCAGAGAUGUGACGGAGGCAUGCGUCUUUUGGCUUGUAUAUUUUUUUCCCAAAAGGAGGAAGUAGCUAUUACUUGGUAUAAUUGUAUUCUGUAAUUUACAAUUUAUUGUAGGAAAACAGAUUUUAGCACCAUACAGCCGAUUUCCCAUUUAUAACUCAAGUUGCUGAAAGUACUUCGGUCAUGGUAAAAUAAAUAUUUUGGACCCGACAUUUGGAUGAAGGUUGUGCAAAUUUGAAGAUAUUUCGUAGGUUGAAGAGAUUAUGCAGGCAGUUUCUCCGGCAAGCAACAUGCCUGAAUUUUUUUUUUCCUCCACUGAUUUUCUUGAGUAUGUGUAGGACAAUUAUUUUUCAUGGAUAUUGAACUUGGGAUUUCACUUCUCUUUA